AUGACAGUCCCCGCCAACCCCGAUGGGGCCGAGGACGUGAAUGACUUCCUGCAGCGAAUCCGAGAUCUCGGUGAAAAUCGUGACAAGGAUGACGAGGAGCGCACCAGAAAGUUGGAAGAAGAAAUUAUUCAAGGCCGAAAAGAGAGACAGGCCCGCCGAGCUGAGCGAGCCCGAUCAAUCGCGGAAUCACCGACACUGAACGCCUUCAGAUUGAGCGCUUCAUCACUCAGUCAAGUGUCGGCCAUUGAACCACCCGAGCAGCUGGAGCCCACUCUACAAACGUCGGACCUCGACAUCUCGAGUCCGUCAUCUCCAAACCACGGCCGGGGGAGUUCAGUCACGGAUCUGACGCAGGAAAAUGAUUCAUCAACAGCCGCACGAGCGCUACCAUCUAUGUCACGCAGCCGGGCGGGAACACUCUCAUGGCAGCAGCGCCCAUCUUCGCGCGGUUUAGGGAACACCUCUCCCGGCGCGAUGUCUCCCAGUCGGUCAAGCCACCUAAGGAAUGCUUCCACCGCUUCAGAUAUGCCCGAAUUGUCUCGUGCCCAAAUCGCUCAAAGUCUGUCGUCCAAGGACCCAGCGUGGUUUCGUCAAACACCUGAGCGAGGAAUAGGAUCGCCGGCACUGCGGAGACCCGAGUCACGCUCGGGAAGUCCUACGGAUUUGGGACCUGGUCGUCCACUACCUGGAUUGAGUCGUCCCUCGACCGCAGAAGCCGAAAAUAUUGGGGAAACAGAAACCAAGCCUCCUGCAGUGUCUCGACCCGCUUCCACGAUUGGCGACAGCCCCCGAAUCUCCAGCGUCCUGUCAGCAGCUCCCGCCAGUGGCCUCGCCUCCCCCGUCACCCUCACGGGCCCAACUAGACUCGAUCCCUCACAGAGUGACACCCCCAACGAUCAUGUGCUGCCGUCCCCGACCCAGCGACGAAUGUCCCCGGAGCGGACUCGUUCAACGUCACCCACGAAAGGAAUGGGUGGCUUCGUGCAAAGCGCAAUGAUGCGCCGUUCUGAUAGUGUGUCCAAACGCUGGAGCGCCCAACUACCGCAAGGGUUGACACGCAGCAACUCCAUUCGAUCCAACCGUAGUAGCGUAGCAGGGCCGAUUCUCUCUACAACUGUCAGCGAUCUGUCCCCGUUGAAAUCUACCGGCCUAGGAGGCGAGGUAUCCCCGGCGCCUCUCCAGCAGCGACCGAGCUCAAGCGAUAGUGACGCGGAAGGUCACUCUAAAGAGUCGGCGGAGCGACCAACAACGCCCUCUGCCUCCGUGCAUGAGACACGUGCAGAAAGAAGCCCGAGUCGACCAGAUUGUUUCGCCCAUUCCCGCUCGGCUAGUUCGAUGACCGCGGACAGUGGGACGGGCGACACUCCUUCCAGCCCGUUCACCUCACGCACUAUGGAUCCUCGUCGCUGGAGUCCCACCAAGGCGACCUGGCUGGAGAGCGCCCUCAAUCGACCAGAAUCACCCCGCGCGCAGAAGCCACCACCCCCUGAACAGCCCUCAUGGGUACGGGAUCGACAGAAUCGUGCGAGUGUCGACAUUGGUCGGCUCAAUAAUUUCAAGGAGGUCACUCCCGUGGGCUUGAUGCGAACCCCCCGCCUGGUGGUCACUUCAAGCAGCCGAGUUUUUCUGGCACUACAGUGCCUCCGGUUCACAAAAUCACAGACCGUCGAGCCAGAGUCGUCGUCCAACUCCACAACCACCACGCCCGUUGCUGUUACUGCUCAUUCGUCUCCUGAUGGGCAGCCGUCGCUCACAGGCUCUCCUGUAGCUGCCCCAAAGGAUCGAGAUGUCGAGUCGCCCACGCCACGGAGACAGGAGAGUCAAGUCAAAAGUGAAGAGUCACUCUCUCCCUCCACGUUGCUUUCUGAGGAAGAUGUUCGGUCCGGGGAACCGAAGGCGCAACUGCGCAAGACUCCAGGGCCAGCAUUCACCAGGAAAUCUCCCCCUCCGCCACUCUCCACCAAGCCGAACUUCUCUCUGCCACUUAGGGAACCACCUUUGUCCAAACCAAAGCCACACUCGCCAGUUGUUGAUUUCAGGGCAAACUUGCGCAAGCGCGAAGUCACCAAGGAGACCGGUCCCCAGGCCGAGCCUGAGUUCAAAAAUGUGUUCGGUAAAUUGAGAAAGGCUGAGACACGCAACUACGUCCCACCCGACGAGUUGAAGGGUAACAUUCUUCGUGGCAAGGCUGCCCUUAAUGUCACUGGUGGCCCGAUCAAAUCGCCUCGUGUCGACGAUCUCAAGGAAAGUAUUCUCAAGCGCAAAGAAGAGAUGAAGGCUGGCGGUGGAACCAUUAGGCGCAACACAAUUGAAGAGAAGGAUGCACCACCUGUGGUGAUUCCCGAGGCUCUAGUCAAGCGUCAGUCGAUGGCCUCAAAUACCAGCUCCAAGCGUGAGGACGCAGGAUCGGCUGUUAUUGCAAACGUUCCCGACUCGCCAAGUUCUGUGCUCGAGAAGCGACUUUCACCAUCCCCACCCACUCGUCGAAGCGUCGAUGUUACUUUGCCAGACCUAUCCUCGUCGAUCGACAGUCACCAGAAGGCCGAGUCCGAGAGCACGAAGUCGGUCAUCCCCAACAAACAAGAAUGGCAGUCACGGGUCAAUCCGACCUCUAGAGAGAUCGAAGAUACACAUGAUGAACCGGAUACACGUCGCGACUCAGCUACCUCGCUUCGUGGUUUGCCAUCCUCUAGGCGAUCCAUCCCCACGUCGCCCGUUGCAAAUCCGUAUUCGCCCGUCAAGGGAAAGCUCGCGAAUCGUAUCAAUCCUGCGCUUUCAGGAAUUCUUGCUCGUGGGCCUUCACCCAAGGCCAAUUCCAGUUCCCAAGAUAUGACCGUUUCGUCUCCGCAAGAAGGUUCGUCUGCGUCCCCGGCGGCGCCGCUCACACACAUGACGAAAGCUCGUGCCAGAGGACCCAAGAGAAGAUUGCCAGGAAGCUCCGCUGCUCCUGCAACUUCGCCUUCGGUUUCAUCCGCGCAGAAUACUACGGAGGUUGGUGCCAAUUCUACUUCUGAAGUCUUAUCUCCGCAGCCCCUAUCCGAGUCUAAGGUCUCCUUGGAGCCUUCUCUGGAGAAUGUGCCUAGGGAAAGCCCGGUUCUCGAUACUGAAUCCGCUCAAGCAGUGAGCCCCAUAACGGACAACCAUGACCCGGGAAAUAGAGCCAGCAGCUCGCACACCCUGACCGACAGCGCAACUUAUUUCAGACUCGACAGCAUAUCGCCUCUGUCGCCGGUGUCACCCAUCUCGCCAGUCUCCCUUAUCUCGACGCCAGAGGUAAAUCUAGGCUCUUUCGUCAGCGAUCAUAGCAACAAAGAGAACAUCGACCAAGAUCAAUAUGAUUUGGACAACGUAACACCGGCGUUGAGCCCCAUUUCAGUCAGAGGCUCCUUUCCCCCUAAGCCAAGCAUGGCGCUGUCCUCGAAUUUCUCGUCGUCGCCUUCCACUCCAGUAGCCAAGCCGCAAUGUGCGCAAACUCCUCGGUAUUCUUCGCCAUCUUCGCCUUCUCCUCUUCGCACAAGCUUCAAAGAUAAUUACUCUGUCACGCCAGCCACGCCACCCCAGAAGCCACUCCCAGCCGUGAGCGUAGCGGCCCCUUCACCCCAUUCCAAGGCUCUGCCUUCUCCCCCAGUCCCAACCAAGCAAUCCAAUACAUCCCUCAACAAGCCCAGGCACUCCCAUAAGUUAUCUCGAAAAAUGUCUGCCCCUUCUCUUGUUGCGCAAGCCGCGGAAGCGCGCGACAUUCUCGGCGUCUUUUUCAAAUCCUUUCCCAACCCCAAAAAUCGAAUGGAUAUUGACCCUCAGCUUAUGCUGACGAAAGAAGCGGAGACGAUCAGACUCAGGACCCUGAAGAAUAUCACUUGGGAACUCACCGGGGACGGCAAACGAUAUGAUAUGCCCACGAAUCAGGAAUACGUGCUGUACGAGGGCAGUAUGUACCUGUGCGUGCAUCGCUUCGAGAUCGAAGGUCAAUCCGGUACCGAAGUCUAUCUCUGGUGUGGAGACGAUGUUGAAGCAGCUGCCUUGGAAAGUGCACAGGUCUAUGCUCGUAAGAUCAGCCGCGAUAGUGGCUGCAAAUUGGCUGUAGUCCGACAGGGGAAGGAACCGGUGCGGUUUAUCCAAGCCCUUGGCGGUAUUCUUAUCACUCGGAGAGGCGCCAAUUCCCGAUCGAACUCGUCUGCGCUGUACAUGCUUUGCGGACGCAAACACAUGGGUCAAAUGGUCUUUGAUGAAGUUGACUACUCGCUACGAAGUCUUUGCUCCGGAUUCCCCUUUGUCAUCUCAGCACCGUUCGGAAAGGUAUAUCUUUGGAAAGGCCGUGGAAGCAGUCCAGAAGAAACCGGUGCGGCUCGCUUGAUCAGCAUGGAUCUCGGGCUAACCGGCGAAUUCGAAGAAUGCGAUGAAGGAGAGGAACCCGAAUGGUUCUUUGAGGAUUUCGCUGGAUCCCACGACGCCAAUCCCCUGCUGUCCUCGGCAUAUUGGGCAUUGAAGCCGAAGUAUGCUCAAUUCCGGACCCGGCUCCUCCGGGUGGACCAUGAGCUUGCCCAGCCUACUCGGUUUUGGAUGCGUCGUCCUGGAGCAGGAUCGCCAGUCGUACGCCCGAAUGAUACUGUCCAGGAAAUCGAGGCAUUCUGUUGCCGAGAUGUGACCGAGAAAGGCGUCUAUGUCCUGGACACGUAUUUCGAGAUCUAUGUAAUCGUCGGUGACCAGGCCUUCCAGAAGUCAGCCGAUUUUGCCUCUGCUGUUGUUUUUGCACACGAAUACGGCAUCCUUGCGGCGUCACUUCAAGACCGCCCGUUUAUCCCGAAGAGUUUUGUCUCUUUAGGUGGCAUCCCCGAUCGCUGUCAAAGUGCGUUCCGCAAAUGGAGUUCCAACAAGCUGGGUGCUCCAUGUGUUUUCCCUCUCGAUGUGGUGAUAGAGGCCAUCCGCUCGUUCGCGCGUGGAGAUUGA